CGCCAAUUUCUCCGGCAUCCAGUACACGCAGACAUGAAUCUAACUCUUGCACUGUCCUGCAUGAUCGCGGUCAUGUGGUUGUUCUGCGGAAGAUGUAAAGCAGCCCCUGGAUUAAUCACUGGAAUCCAUCGCAAUUUAGGAAAGCAUCCACAUAUUCGCGGAUACGCUGUAGAAGGCCUCGUGAAGGACCUUGUAGAGGAUCUCGUUGGCGAGGACGAGGAUAGUCUACGACUUAGCAAGCGCCAGCAGCUGGACGAUUAUGGUCAUAUGAGAUUCGGCAAACGGUUCAACGGGGACGACGAGGAAUAUGGGCAUUCGCGACUUGGCAGAAAUAUCGAAGGAUAAGGCAACCGAUAAUCACUGCUUGUAAUGGUGCGAUAACUCGUCUGACAACUGACCAUGGGAUCCAAAAGGAUGUCUGCCAAUUUUACUAUUUUUUCCUCGUAAUCCUUCCUUAAAAAAAUGUUGAAUUAUGAAUGAAUGUAUUAAAACUUGAUGAAAGAAAUUAGCUGAAUAAGCUAAAAAUUAUAAUUAAAAUAA